GGUGGAUCCUUAUUAUCAAGGAAGAGUCAACAACUAUUCCCUAAAUAUUCCCUAAGAUGAGCUCGAGGCGAUACGACAAUCCUCCACCUUACUCCCUCAGUUCCUCAGAGGCAAACCCUCUGAUAGGGACUCGCAGGCCUUCUCGUCGUCAUCAAUCGUCCUGUGUCUUUGCAGCACUCAUCGCUUUUUUUGUCGUUGCAUUCACCGUUGUCAAUCUCUGUAUCAGCCUUUCCGAGGACCCCUUGGAUCCAGAUGUUCGAGAACGCAUUCGCAAGGAAUGGAACAUUGAACUUCGCCGGCACGAGGAAGAAGUUCUCAAGCGCAUUGACAUCAAAAAACAUUGGCUUCUGGAAGAUAAUGACAGGAUUCGUUCCCGCGAACAAUGGCGAACGGAAGUCAAAGAACAUGAGCGUGAGUUGGAGGAGAGACGAAAGCACGAAGAAGAAGAACGCCUAAGAUUGAAUAUGUUUUGGACUGACUUGGCGUCCCACACAUGUACGACGUACGCCACUCGAGAGUACACUGCCCGACUUGUGAAUGUUCCGUCAUACUACAACCGCCGCGUGGAGGCUUGCAUGGCCACACCAGUGGAGAUCCGUGGGGUUGAAUAUACACCUAAGUGGUGCGAGGAUCAUGGUCCAAACAAUGUAGUAGGUCAUUGGGAAGUCGACCAGCAUGAGCCAGAUUGCGCGUCGUACUGGAACUGGUACAAAGAUUUUGGUUGUGUUUCGCCUGGAUCCGGCCAGCGACGUAUUGAACAUUACCUCGAGAACCUCCCGUCGGGGGCUGAUUGGAAGGAGUUCUGUGCUACCACUCCUGCAAGCUUCAACGGGAUGCAUUUCAUGGGGUCAGAAAUCUGCUUUCAAUGGAAUGGUGGCACAUACGGUCAUUGGGUUUUUGAUGACGAUAACUGCAAGUAGUCAAGUCACAAUGACGCUUCGAUGUUGGAUGAGGCUCGGA